AUGUCUCCGUCCAUCGACGUCGAGAUGCUCAAAGCCCUCGGGCUGCAAGACCAAGACGCCAGAAUCAGUUCCCAUGCGAGUUCGCAAUUCUCCUCCACCUUUAAGCUCACGACCACCACGGACGGCGAACCCAGGAAUUACUUUGUAAAAAUCGGCACCGGAAAAGACGCUGCCGUCAUGUUCAAAGGAGAAUAUGCAUCCUUGCAGGCGAUUCACGACGUGGUUCCAAACUUUUGCCCUAAACCACACGCACAUGGAUCUUUGUCUACGGGAGACAAACACUUUCUCAUGACCGAUUUCUUGGACUUGGACUCAACCGCCCCAGGAGGAUCUGGGCUAUCCCUAGCAGCCAAGCUCGCCAAGCUGCACUCUACGCCCGCCCCCCCUCCGAAGCAUGGGGAUACGCCCAUGUUUGGAUUCCCAGUCUCUACGGCCUGCGGCAGAACCAUCCAGGACAACUCGUGGACGUUGUCAUGGGCAGACUUCUACGCCAACUACCGUCUGAGAGCCAUUCUCAACGAGUGUAUCAAAAACAAAGGUGACGAUGCCGAACUCACCGAGUCCGUCGAAGCGACAGCAGGUAGGGUUGUUCCCCGCUUGAUAGGUGACGGCACGGUAAAAGGGAUAACGCCUGUGGUUGUCCAUGGCGAUUUAUGGAGCGGGAAUCAUUCCAGAGCUCGGAUUUCUGGGGAGCACGGGAGCGAAGAGGUUGUUUAUGACCCGUCAGCAGUGUACGGGCAUUCCGAGUAUGAGCUGGGUAUCAUGAGAAUGUUUGGAGGGUUCGGGCCAAGAUUUUGGGAAGAGUAUGAAGAAAGGGUCCCCAAGGCUGAGCCGCGAGAAGAGUGGGAUGACAGAGUCUCCCUUUACGAGCUAUAUCACCACCUCAAUCACUAUGCCAUGUUUGGCGGGGUCUAUCGAGGGUGGGCCAUGUCCCUCAUGGCCAGGCUAAUUGCGAAGUACGGCACGCAGCAGGCCGUUUCAUAG